AUGUCAUUGUAUGAGGUGCUAGAGGUGGAUACCUCUGCCACCGACAUAGAGAUUAAAAAAGCAUACAGAAAGCUAGCAUUACGAUACCAUCCCGAUAAGGUGGGAUCCGAAGGUCGGGAGGAGGCGGAGAUAAAAUUUAAAGAGGUUUCACAAGCGUACGAAAUUCUUUCGGAUGAAGAUAAACGGCGUCAAUAUGACAUGUACGGAACUACGGAUGGCCCAGAAAUGGCUAAUGGGUACCAUGGCUAUUCAGAAAAUCCCUUUGAUAACAUGUUUGGAGGCAGUCAGGAAUUUCAAGCUGAUGAUUUCUACAACUUUUUCAACAAUAUGAAUGGAGGACCUCCAGCAGGAGGUGCCAGACCGGGCAAACCACGUACCAAGGAUGCAGAGAUUAAUGUGGACGUGACACUAGAGGACUUGUUCAAUGGCAAAGUAAUCAAAAUUACUUCCACAAGAGAUAUAAUCUGUUCUCACUGUCAUGGAACCGGAGCUAAGAAGCAUGCUGUGUCCAGGAAAUGUGGGGUAUGCGACGGAGAAGGCACAGUUCGUAAGAUCAGACGAGUGGGUCCAGGUCUUGUGGCACAAGACUACGUCGAUUGUUCGACAUGUAGCGGAGCAGGAAAGAUAUUUCGAACAAAGGAUCGAUGCAAAAAAUGUACAGGCAAAAAAGUGGUGGAAGAAACCAAGAUUCUAGAGUUCGAAAUUGAAAAAGGAUCAUUCUCGGGUGAGCUGAUUGUAUUAAAGAAUGAAUCAGAUCAAUAUCCAGGUAAAGAAACUGGCGACGUCGUAUUAACUUACACAUGUGUGGACCAUCCAGUUUUCACCAGAAAGAAGAACGACUUGUACACCACGUUCACCAUUCCUCUCGUGGAGUCACUCUGUGGGUUUACCCGGGUGGUGGCUCAACAUUUGGACGGGAGAAAGAUUAAAGUGGCUACUCCAACAGGAAAAGUUAUUCGUCCUGGUGACUAUAUAAAGAUCACUAGCGAGGGAAUGCCCAUCAAAAAGCUGCAACGCCGGUGGUUCGGUCUGUCUCCAACACGAGGAGACCUUUAUAUCAAAAUGGAGAUUGAGUUUCCUCAAGAUAGCUGGUAUUUGGAAAAAAAUGAUCUUACAAAGAUGCGGAAUUUACUUCCCACAGAAGUGUCUACCAAACAAAAUGGUGAUUUAGAUACUCUCACAGACGCAAACGUGGAACUUGUGACCGAUUUCAGGAUUGCCCGUGAACUGUCACUUCCAGAUUACCAUGAUGAAGAAGAGGAUCAGGACCACGAUAAUAGUCAUGGAGGGUACCAAAAUGGGCCCCAGGCCGAGUGCACGCAACAAUAA